GCCCGGGAGGCGGCGCCUGCGGAAAUGGGACGCCGGUCAUCAGAUACUGAAGAAGAAAGCAGAAGCAAGAGAAAAAAGAAACACCGUAGACGGUCAUCUUCAAGUAGUUCUUCAGAUAGUAGAACAUAUAGCCGAAAGAAAGGUGGAAGGAAAUCAAGGUCAAAGUCAAGAUCUUGGUCCAGAGAUCUUCAGCCUCGCUCUCAUUCAUAUGAUAGAAGACGCAGGCAUCGAUCAAGCAGUAGCUCUUCGUAUGGCUCUCGAAGAAAACGAAGUCGAAGUCGUUCAAGGGGUCGAGGGAAAUCCUAUAGAGUUCAGAGAUCUAGGUCAAAAAGCAGAACAAGAAGGUCUAGGUCAAGACCUCGUCCACGUUCUCAUAGUCGAAGCAGUGAAAGGUCCAGUCACCGAAGAACCCGUAGUCGGUCUCGGGAUCGAGAAAGACGUAAAGGCAGAGAUAAGGAGAAAAGAGAAAAAGAGAAGGAUAAAUGCAAGGACAAGGAAUUACACAACAUCAAACGUGGGGAAUCCGGAAACAUCAAAGCUGGAUUAGAACAUCUGCCACCAGCCGAACAGGCCAAAGCCAGACUACAGCUGGUUCUUGAAGCUGCUGAAUGCCAUGCAAAUGGAACCAUACAGUAUGUAGACCUUUGUGACUGCACUCUUUGACUUGGCAUGUGCU